AUUGUCUUCAGCAGCCGCUGUUUGACUCUCUCUACAUCUCUGAAGACACUCCUUCACCGUUGAAGUGUCGUAAGAAAACUCAUGGAGCCCAGCAGACACAAAGCGAUGAAUCCCAAAGGGGAUAAGCCGAAGUCGAAGAUUUCGGCUUCCCGCAAGCUCUCCCUCAAGAUGCUUCUCCUCACAAGAGCCUGUGAGGAUUUGGAGAGGGAGAGGCAAGAAAGGGAGGAAGAGAAAGUGCGCUAUCUGGGAGAGAAGUUGCCCCCUUUGCAACUGUCUGGAUUACCACUGGAAGAGCUUCAAAAUCUAUGCAGACAGCUUCAUUCAAAAAUUGAUGUUGUGGAUGAGGAGAGAUAUGACUGUGAAUCCAAAGUGAGCAAACACAACAAAGAUAUCCAUGAGCUGAAGCUAAAGGUACAGGACCUUGGAGGCAAGUUCAAAAAGCCUGCCCUGAGGAAGGUGAGGGUGUCAGCAGAUGAGAUGAUGAGAGCUCUACUGGGCUCCAAACACAAGGGCUCAAUGGACCUCAGAGCCAACCUCAAGUCUGUGAAGAAGGAGGACGUCAAACAGGACAAGGUGCUCACUAGUGAAGUGAGUGACUGGCGUAAGAACGUGGAGGCUAUGUCAGGCAUGGAGGGUCGCAAGAAGAUGUUUGAUACAGGCGGCGCCGGACAGUGAGACGCUCUGUGACGAGUCCUGCAAAUGAAUAAAGCUGGUCAACUAAAGAGCAGGGAUGAGGGAGUUUAGAUAGAAAUAUGGAAUACUUAUUUGAAGGCUAAGUGAGUUGAAAGCUGUAGGAAUUAAGCAUAAGGUCAUAAGCAUGUAUAACCCUUAAUACAUCGGCUUUGCUUCUAUUUGCUUGAUGGCCAUUUUCUAUGCAAUGAUUCAGAGCACUUAAAGAAAAGUGUAGGAUGAGAGAUCCAUUUUUUUUAUUACCAAAGAGCAAUGUUUUGUUUUGUUAUGACAUCUUUCGACAAUUAAAAGAGGAUAUG